CUCUAGGAAGCCCAUAGCACGCACCGACGCACGUGCACGUGUGCACGCGGACCUCGACUGUCAUAGUUGUUUACAAUAUCGUUCAUCGACACUUAUCGAUUCGCGAAAUUGUACUCGAUUGUACUCUACAUACGGCUCGUGUAUUAUUACAAUUUAGGAAAACUAUAAAAAUGGCCGAGAAAAAGGAGUCCCUGUUGCACAACGCUGUCGUUUCAGAGAUACCUGACACCGCGUGUUACAUACCGAAUUUUAUUACCGAGGAGGAAGAGAGACAGAUUAUAAAGUACGUGAAUGGCGUACCUCAGCCUAAAUGGACGCAAUUAAGUCACCGUAGAUUGCAAAAUUGGGGUGGCAUACCGCAUCCCAAGGGAAUGAUAGCGGAACAGAUUCCUGAUUGGCUUCAGAGAUAUAUUGAUAAAGUGGCUGCUUUAGAUGCCUUUGAAAAAGGAGUGCUGCCUAAUCAUAUUUUAAUCAAUGAAUAUUUAUCUGGACAAGGCAUAAUGGCACACUCGGAUGGCCCACUUUUUUAUCCUGUUGUAACCACCAUUAGCUGUGGUUCCCAUACCCUCCUUGACUUUUACAGACGGCUUGAAACAUCAGAGCAACAGCAAUCAAAAUUGGAAUUUAGUUUGCUGCUAGAACGUAGAAGUCUGUUGGUUCUACAAAAGGAUUUGUACCAUAAUUAUUUGCAUUCCAUAGCGGAAAGAAACUCUGAUAGUAUAUCGGAUUCUUCAAUAAAAAAUCUACACAUGUGUGCAAAAAAGUUUACAGAAGAUGAGAUAAUAAAACGUGGUACUAGAUUGUCUUUAACUAUUAGACAUGUUCCAAAAACUAGCAAACUGAAAUUAAAAAUUUUUUGAUACACAUACAUGUUAUUGAAAUUUGGAAAACUUGUAAUUGCAAUAAACAAUGACAUUGUUGUAUGUUUCUUUCAAUUGGUA